UGUUGACGGACUGAGUGAAAACGAACCAUGAAGGACUGUUUAUAUCUUUUCUUCUUUAUGCUUCAUUUCAGUACAGGCUGUAUUGUUUCAGAUGUGGGUCAGACAAUGGUAAUAACAGGAUACACCGGUGGAUCAGUUGUGCUGCCCUGCUCCUGUGCUGACCCUCAGACGACUGUCGGGACAUUCACCUGGGGAUAUCAUCAGGGAAAUAAAUGGAUUCAAGUGUUUCAAGAUGAGAAAUACAGAGGCAGACGUAUGCUGUUUAAUGAACUUUCUCCAACAAAUCUGUCUCUUCUCAUUUCUGACCUCAGAAAGAAUGACCAGGGCUACUAUAAAUGUAUGACCGAACCAAAGAUCUUCACAGAUGUUAUCUUAAAUGUUAAAGGGUGUGAUUUGGUUGAUAACAGGAGGACAGUUGUAGUGACUGGAUAUUCAGGAGCAUCUGUGGUUCUGCCCUGUUCCUGCACUGAACUACUGGCUAAACCUGAACACAAACAGUGGAAAUAUAACAAAGAAAAUCAAUUUAAGGAAAUUUACCUAAAUGAAGAGAUUGAGAAUUACAAGAACAGAGUCAAACUGUUCGAUCCAAACACUCCAGGAAAUCUUUCUCUACAGAUAUCAGCACUGACCACAGAGGACCGAGGGUACUAUCAGUGUUUUGUCUCGUCUCAGCAAAUAGUCUUUGUCAGUCUUCAUGUACUUCAUCCUGAAGAGAAAACAAGUACAAUCAGUUUAUCAACACAUCAGCUCUCUCACCAAACACAAGAACUUCCACCGCCAAGACAAACACAGCACACACCACAAUAUGUUUUCAUUCUAGUGGCUGUGUUUUCUGUAAUACUGUUACUGGCAUUUCUGGCAUUAUCUUCUAGAUGUGGAAAGGAGGAAGUGCCAUGUUCUGAUGUAGUUUAUGUUGAAACCAUCUACACCAGCUCAUGCACAGAAUGACCCAGUAGAGAGCCCCCGGCAUGUCAGUACCCUCGCUAAAAAUCAUGAAAACAGGAUUUGUUCAUUUUAAACCUCAGAAUUCAUAUACACAUUGUUUAGACUGGAGCUUAUUAUCAUUGCAUUUUGAGAAUAUACUUGUAAAAAAAGCCGCCUGUUUCAAAGUGGUAACCACUGAAUCAUGAAAAAUAAUUAUUGUCUAUACAGUAACAGUGUGCAGAAAAUAUUGAAUCUGUAAUUGAGCUUUUUUGAGUGACUUAUUUAAACAGCCAUGUGUUUUAUGUUACAUGUUUGGUAAAUGUUUGAAGCAAAAGCAUUAUGGACUAUUGGGUGAGAAUUGAAAUGAGUGUGAACAAGAGUAGAAGUUUUUCUGCCUCGGUCACUAUUGUGUGUGUUUUCAUCAAACAUUGAGUUGGUUUUGUUGUAAUAUAUACUUCAGCUAAAUACAAAUCUAAUUGUUUUGACUAGUGGAUACAAAUGGAAACUUUAAAUC